GGUAGCUCCAUGUGAGUUGCGUUGGAGACUUGGAGUAGUUUGUGGACAAAGCGUUGUGUUGUGUGCUGCUUUCCUACAGUUGUAAUUCAUUUCUGCCGUGGCAAAGCGUUAUGUUGUGUGCUGCUGUACUGCAGGUGUAGUUCAUUUCUGCCGCCAUUGAAUCAUAUAGUAGUAGAAAGAGAUGAAAAUCAGCCGACACAAGAAAGUUCAUAAAUACCUAAAUUUCUUCUGUAAUAAUUAUGGAUUCAGACAGCCCUACCAAAUUUUAAUCGACGGCACUAUAUGUUUCGCAGCCCUGAAGAAUAAACUUAGCUUGAAAGAACAGUUACCAAAAUAUUUGGGUGGAGAUGUGAAGCUUCUGACAACCCCAUGUGUGAUUUUGGAAACAGAGAGACUUGGGCCAAAUCUAUAUGGUGCGAUGAUAAUUGUAAAGCAAUUCCCAGUUCAUAAAUGUACUCAUCAGACUAAAGCUGUGUCUGGAGCAGCAUGCCUGGCAUCAAUGUUGGGAGACACAAAUCCAUCAAGGUAUAUGAUAGCUACACAGGAUAGAGAGUUGCAAGAAGUAGCUAGAAGAAUUCCAGGAACCCCACUCAUUUACUUGCACCAAAAGACUCCAACUUUGGAACAACCUUCUAAAGUAUCUAGUCAAGUUGCAGAAAUUAAUUCCAAGACAAGGUUUCUAAUUGGGCAGAAAGAUGAAGUAGUGUUGUCAGAUCUGAAGAAAAGAAAACUGGAUGAACCCGAAUCUGCACCACAGAAAAAGAAACGUAAGAAAGGAGGACCUAAUCCCCUGUCUUGUAAAAAGAAGAAGAAAAAGCCUUCCAUAGCUACACAGAAACCAUCCACCUCAGAAAACAAACCAAAAAGAAAGAGAAACAGAGUGAAAAUACCAAAACAUAUAAAAGAAAUGUUGUUACAGACAUCAGUACAAUCAUAAGAUAUUAAAAAACUAUUUAUAUAUUA